CUCGAGCGCCAGUUUCCUCGCAGCAGGCACGCGGCCGGCUGCCUGUAGUGCGCGGUGCGAACCAUCUACGUGAGUUCGCGGUCAUAGGCUCGAACGAACAUCGAAACCGACGGUCAGUGUAGUGACCAUGAUGAUGGACAACGGGAUGAUGAACAACUAUGACGGGUAUCCCGACGGCUAUAUGGAACAGGAGGAGGAGUGGGAACGCGAGGGUCUAUUAGACCCGGCUUGGGAGAAGCAACAGAAAAAGACCUUCACAGCAUGGUGCAACAGCCACCUCCGCAAAGCCGGCACCGGCAUCGAGAACAUCGAGGACGACUUCCGCAACGGCUUGAAGCUCAUGCUGCUGCUCGAGGUGAUCUCGGGCGAGACCCUGCCCAAGCCCGACCGCGGCAAGAUGAGGUUCCACAAGAUCGCCAAUGUCAAUAAGGCGUUGGACUUCAUCGCAUCCAAAGGUGUAAAGUUGGUGUCUAUCGGCGCUGAAGAGAUCGUCGAUGGCAACUUGAAGAUGACGCUGGGUAUGAUCUGGACCAUUAUCCUGCGAUUCGCCAUCCAGGACAUCUCAGUCGAAGAAAUGACCGCCAAGGAAGGUCUCCUCCUCUGGUGCCAACGCAAGACAGCCCCGUACAAGAACGUGAACGUGCAGAACUUCCACCUGUCCUUCAAGGACGGUCUGGCGUUCUGCGCGCUCAUCCACAGGCACAGGCCCGACCUGAUCGACUACAGCAAGCUGUCCAAGGAUAACCCGCUCGAGAACCUCAACACGGCGUUCGAUGUCGCUGAGAAGUAUCUCGACAUCCCGCGCAUGUUGGACCCUGAUGACCUUAUUAACACACCAAAGCCGGACGAGCGCGCCAUAAUGACCUAUGUGUCAUGUUACUACCACGCCUUCCAAGGCGCGCAGCAGGCUGAAACGGCCGCGAACCGCAUCUGCAAGGUUCUCAAAGUCAACCAGGAGAACGAACGCCUGAUGGAAGAGUACGAGCGUCUCGCCAGUGAUCUUCUGGACUGGAUCCGCCGCACCAUGCCGUGGCUGAACAGCCGCCAGACGGACAACUCUCUCGCCGGCUGCCAGAAGAAACUGGAGGACUACCGUACUUACAGGCGUAAGCACAAGCCGCCCCGCGUCGAGCAGAAGGCCAAGCUCGAGACCAACUUCAACACGCUGCAGACCAAGCUGCGCCUCAGCAACCGCCCCGCCUACAUGCCUACUGAGGGCAAAAUGGUUUCCGACAUCGCCGGAGCCUGGAAGGGGCUGGAGAUCGCCGAGAAGGCGUUCGAAGAGUGGCUGCUGAGCGAGAUGAUGCGGCUCGAGCGUCUCGAGUACUUGGCCCAGAAGUUCAAGCACAAAGCCGACAUCCAUGAGGACUGGACCAGAGGCAAGGAGGAGAUGCUGCAGUCCCAGGAUUUCAGGCAGUGCAAGCUUCAGGAUAUCAAGGCUCUCAAGAAAAAGCACGAGGCCUUCGAGUCCGACCUCGCCGCGCACCAAGACCGCGUCGAGCAGAUCGCCGCCAUUGCGCAGGAACUCAACACCCUGGAGUACCACGAGGUGGGCGCGGUGAACGCGCGCUGCCAGCGCAUCUGCGCGCAGUGGGACCGGCUCGGCGCGCUCACGCAGCGCCGCCGCCAGGCGCUCGACGACGCCGAGCGCGUGCUGGAGCAGAUCGACCUGCUGCACCUCGAGUUCGCCAAGCGGGCCGCGCCCUUCAACAACUGGCUGGACGGCACGCGCGAGGACCUGGUGGACAUGUUCAUCGUGCACACCAUCGAGGAGAUCUCCGGCCUCAUGGACGCGCACGCGCGCUUCAAGGCCACGCUGGGCGAGGCCGACAAGGAAUACCAGGCGAUAGUGAACCUGGUGCACCAAGUGGAGUCCAUCGUGAAGCAGCACCAGAUCCCCGGCGGCCUCGAGAACCCCUACACUACCCUCACUGCACACGAGCUGAACUGCAAGUGGUCGGACGUGCGGCAGCUGGUCCCGCAGCGGGACGGCACGCUGGCGGCCGAGCUGCGCAAGCAGCAGAACAACGAGACCCUCCGCCGGCAGUUCGCGGAGAAGGCCAACGCCGUCGGCCCCUGGAUCGAGCGGCAGAUGGACGCCGUCACCGCCAUCGGCAUGGGCCUGCAGGUAACACGGAGCCUACAGAACAACGAGACCCUCCGCCGGCAGUUCGCGGAGAAGGCCAACGCCGUCGGGCCCUGGAUCGAGCGGCAGAUGGACGCCGUCACCGCCAUCGGCAUGGGCCUGCAGGGCUCGCUAGAAGACCAGCUCCGGCGACUGAAGGAGUACGAAGCCGGCGUGUACGCGUACAAGCCUCACAUCGAGGAGCUCGAGCGCAUCCACCAGGCCGUGCAAGAGGGCAUGAUCUUCGAGAACAGGUAUUCACAAUACACGAUGGAGACCCUCCGCGUGGGCUGGGAGCAGCUGCUCACAUCCAUCAACCGCACCAUCAACGAGGUCGAGAACCAGAUCCUCACGCGCGACUCCAAGGGCAUCACGCAAGAACAGCUCACCGAGUUCCGCGCCUCCUUCAACCACUUCGACAAGAACCGCACUGGCCGCCUCGCCCCCGAGGAACUCAAGUCGUGCCUAGUGUCUGUCGGCUACAGCAUCGGCAAGGACAGGCAAGGAGAGCUCGACUUCCAGCGCAUCCUGGCCGUCGUCGACCCCAACAACACAGGUUACGUAUCGUUCGAUGCGUUCCUGGACUUCAUGACGAGGGAAUCCACAGACACAGACACCGCUGAACAGGUCAUCGACAGCUUUAGGAUCUUAGCUGGUGACAAGCCGUACAUCACGGCGGAGGAGCUGCGCCGCGAGCUGCCGCCCGACCAGGCGGAGUACUGCGUGGCGCGCAUGCCGCCCUACCGCGGCGGCGGCCCGCCCGGCGCGCUCGACUACAUGGCCUUCUCCACCGCGCUCUACGGCGAGACCGACCUCUAG